GCCAUUCUGAACAAGCACCUGGAACCCAUUAGAAGCGACAUCCAGGCCAUUAAGCAGCACAGCGCUACACAGGAAGAUCUCAACAACACUGUGGGCCCGUUGCGUGAGAACCUUGAGCAAUUGCAGGACGCGGUCACGAACGAUAUCGAAGACUUGCAAAUACGGGCUUCCAACAUGGAGAAUGCAAUCAACGAGAUGAAACAAGACAUGUUGAAUUUACAG